UUCUACAUAUCUUUCAGUAUCGUUUUAUGUUGUGCUAAAUAUUGCGAAAUAUGUCCCCAACACAUACUUUGCAAAUAUAAAAUGCCUGGACCAAGCGCCUCUUGUGAACGAUAUGAUAACACAGCCGUUCUCACUGAAAACGAUAUUAAUGAGAUUGUCAAUAGAAUCAAUGACCGAAGAAAUUUUAUUGCUCUCGGACUCUCAAAACUUCUCCCCCAAGCAGCCAACAUGAAAAAAAUUUUAUGGUCAGAAGAGUUAGCGACAUUUGCCCAACGUUGGGUAGAUCAGUGCGAUCAAUCUUUGCGUCCCGAUAAAGAGGAUCAGUGUCGAGACUUAGUGGAGGAAAAUGUCGGUCAGAAUAUAGCCAGCAUAUUAGAUCCAUCACCAAAUUUCAAUGUAAAAAGUUUUGUAGACAUUUGGUCUAUGCCAACAUUAGACUACUUUGGAAGCGUUUCAUAUUAUAAUCAAUCACGAAAUCACAAAACAUAUUAUUUUACACAACUGAUCUGGGCUGAUAGCGACAUGGUAGGAUGUGGCAGAGCCAGAUUUUUCCACCACAAACAAAAUACAAUGAUUGAAAGAUUAGUAUGUAAUUUCACACCAAAAGGAAAUAUUCACGGCAAACCAAUUUAUAACAUAGGAUACCCAGCUACACAAUGCCCAAUUUAUACUAGACCUGACAGGAAUUAUAAAGGUCUAUGCAAACGUUAUUUACAAGAAAACGUGACAAAAUUAACACCCUCAUCACCCCACCCAAGGGUGAACAGUUUACUCAGGAUAAUUAAUUUAUCAAAUAACUCAGUUAAACAAGAAAUAAAUCCUAUCCGCAAUGAUUGGAAACAUCUAAAAUCAAACGUUAACAAAAGCAUUGAACAAAGACAUCAAAAGACUAGACAUGUCUUAAAUAAUACGCAUGAAUCAAUGAAACAUGUUUCUUAUAAUAAUCGGAAAAAUAAUAUUAAUCAUUCUAGAAGUUCUUAUAUAAACACUUACUCCCAAGCGAGGGGGCAUUCGCGUCUUUAUCAUGGCUACGAUAUGCAUAACAAUGUAUACACCCUCUCUCAUCAAGAAAAUUUCAAAAAAUUUAGUUAUUCGACAGAAGUUUUUAAUCCAUAUCUAAAUCAAAAUUAUAAAAAACACAAUCAAAAUCCUUGCACACGUAAAAACAUGUACCCUGAAAAUUAUUCUUCAACUUGCGAGACAGUAUCUGAUAAAUGCACAAGACAAUAUGAAAAUAAUGAUUAUUUACAAUCUACAAAAUCAUAUGGACCAUCCACAGAUAUUUAUUAUGCUAUUAAAAAACCCAUAACUAUUAAAAUUAAAGAUAAUAUCAACAUCCGUAUUAACAGUCAAAAUUCUUUAACAGAAAAAUAUUUAUCAUUUGACGAACUAAUGCAUUUAAGGAAACUAGGUAUUACAGAUGUAGAAAACAAUGCACGGCGUAAAGCAAACGAUGCAUUGAGAAAUACCAAUAUAUCCACAACUGAAGUUACUGCUAAUACGCCAUUCUUAAGAAAAAAACAUUGCACUCGCAAAUUAACAUGCACCUGGACGGCAUCGAGCCCGACUGGAGCUGAUGGUUCUGUUAUUCCUGGAGGUAACAUUAUAGACCGAGGUUCACGUACACCACCUGGGUAUGUUGAUGGAUGUACUCGUACUUCAACAUGUACCAGAGACUUCAUGGACAGAAAUAAAAUGGCAACCGUAGGUGAAGAAAGCUCAGGAGAGCCAGAUCCAGAAAAUGAAGACUAUUGUGAAAGAAAAUCUCUUAAUAUCCAUAAAAGAAAGUCUGGUUUGAAACGCUACGCACCUAUUUCUUCAAAGCAUACUGAAUCUAGAUAA